CACAGUGAGAAGAAGCAGCGGGUUCGAUUCCAGCUGGAGAUCUCCAGCAACCCGGAGGAGCAGCGUAGUAGCAUCCUCCACCUUCAGGAGGCCGUCCGUCAACACGUGGCUCAGAUCCGGCUGCUGGAGAAGCAGAUGUACUCGGUCAUGAAGUCCUUGCAAGACGACGGGCGGAACGAGGCGUUGCUGGAGCACAACCAGAAGCUGCAGCAGCAGCUGAGCCAGGAGAAGGCCACGUUGCAGCAGGAGAGCGAGGACCUCAACAUCCUCAUCAGUCACCAAGUCACAAGACCAGAACCGCCCGUGCGAUUCAACCAGGAGCUUCACCCCAAAACCUCACUGAAGGCGUCACCCAGUUUGGUGGUUCUCCGGCCGCAGAGCGCCUGCCAGUCGGGACGCCAGCUGGCCCUGCGGAUUUUCAGCAAGGUCCGACCGCCGGUGGGCGGCAUUUCCAUCAAGGAACACUUAGAGGUCAACGUGGUACCACUGACCAUCCAGCUGACCCACCAGUUCUUCCACCGCAUGAUGGGCUUCUUCUUCCCCGGACGCAACGUGGAGGAGGAGGAGGUGGGCGACGAAGAGGACAAGUCGAAGCUGGUGACCACGGGGAUGCCGGUGGUGAAGCCGCGGCAGCUGAUGGUCUCCGAAGACUCGCUGGGCUCUGGGAAGGGCCAAGGGCUGAACCGGACCUCGGGGGUCAGGCGCUCCUUCCGCAAAACACCUGAGUACCCGGUGGACGACAUUGAGAAGAUGAAGGAACGGGCGGCCAUGAACAACUCCUUCAUCUACAUCAAGAUCCCCCAGGUGCCCCUCUGCGUCAGCUACAAGGGAGAGAAGAACAGCGUGGACUGGGGGGAGCUCAACCUGGUGCUGCCGUGCCUGGAGUACCACAACAACACCUGGACGUGGCUGGACUUUGCGAUGGCGGUCAAGCGGGACAGCCGGAAGGCCCUGGUGGCCCAG